AUGCGAGUGCUUACUGAGAAAGAAGACAAAUAUAAAUAUAAUACAUGGGACAAAGUAGAAAUGCCAGAAGAAUAUAAAACAGAGGCCCUUCGGAAAAUUGAAAGAGACAACUUGGUAUCUGCUAAAGAUUAUGAAAUAACAUAUGAACCAUGGGAUUCGUUUUAUAAGCGGUACAAUAGAACGUUUUUCAAAGAGCGGCAAUGGAUUAGCAAAGAGUAUCCAGAGCUACUGGUGUGCACAAACAAAAUAUUAGAGCUAGGCUGUGGCACAGGAAGCACUCUUAUUCCCAUCAUAAGAGAAAGAAUAGAUAGAAGAAACAGUUAUCUACAAAGUGGUGCGGAGAUAAGCGAAGAAAGCACCGAAAUUCAAGACAAAGAUGCACCAGAGCAGAUAGUACUGGACAGUAAAGAUGUAAGUAAGUGUGAAAACAUUUUUGGGGUAGACUAUUCUUCCACUGCAGUUGAGCUGCUGCGCGAAAGAGUUCCUCAAAUAAAGAACCAGUUUGCCCCCAGUGAUAUAACUCAGCUCACUGAAGUUGUGAUAGAGGGUAAGGAGAUUGUGCAAGUGGACAUUAUUCUUCUUAUAUACACACUUUCCGCCAUACACCCAUCCGCAUACCCCUCAAUCUUUUCUCUUAUACACAGAACUCUCUCUUCGCAGGGCAUUGUCAUAUUUAAAGACUAUUAUGAAAUGGAUCUGACACAGCUACGGUUUAAAAAGGAUCAAGUGCUCUCAAAGAACUUCUAUCAAAGAGGCGAUAAGACAUAUGUAUAUUACUUUAGCAGAGAAGAGAUCGAAAAACAGACAGCGGGAUUGUUUAAAAUAGUAAAAUAUACAGAAGACAAAAAGCUUAUAUUGAAUAGAAAAAAACAAAAGGAAAUGUAUCGAUGCUUUAUAGAAAUGAAACUAGAAAAAAUAUAA